AUGUAUUUGAAUUCUCUCACAAAAUCAUUCGAUGAUUUACCACACUUAACCAAUGAUCAAUAUAUGAUGCCGAUAGAAAAAUUAUCACAUCAGAUUGAUAACUUUUCACAUGAAUCGUCAAUGGACAGUUCAUCGAGUUCAGAAGAUGUCCCUGUCAGCCGGGAUCAAUCAAAACAGAUAGUAAAGAUGAUACUUGAACAACAUGAUCUUCUGGUUAAAACACUCUGUUCUCAACACGUUCCUGUCUCUCCUGCCAAUAAAGCAAAACAAUUUGAAUUAGUGACAAUAGCUGGAUCGAGCAUUACUCGAGGUCCUGGUAAUGGGACAAUCGAUUUUUCGAAUAAGUCAUUUCGAUAUCAUGUUCACACGAAAAAUGGUGUUGGGAUGGAGAGAAUGACUGAGUUUUUCAAUGAAAAACACUUCAAACCGUCACCUCGCUUCAUUGUUUGUGUUGAUAUGACCAAUUUGAAAUAUGAUAAACCGAGUGAUGCCCGUGAUAAAACAGAACUUUUGAUCACGACAUUUAAAAACUUGUAUCCAAAUUCGAAAUUAGCUUUAACCACUCUAUCUCCAAUGAAUAUUUGUGGCCUGAAAGCCUCAGUUGAAGCUCUAAGCGAGGAUAUAAGAGAAUACAACAGCAAAUUAGUAUCUCUAACUAUUAGUAUGAGUGUCGACUUGAUACCGAUUGAUUAUGAUAAGCGUGAUAUGAUAUCUGGCGAUGGUUAUCACUUGAGCGAUUCAGAUGUAUAUUUUGCUAAUAAACAACAACAACAAUAA